AUGGAUAAAAAUGUUGAUUCCUAAUUCACUUCUACUUUUUGGCGAUAAAUUCAUGAGGAAUAUUUCAUGAUAGAAGCACCUGUUUCUUUGAGUAAUGUGAUAAAACAAUCUAAACAAAUUCCCAAUUAUGCUAACUAGUAAACAAAAGAAUUGAUACAAAAAGUCUUAAGAUUAUCAAAGAAGAAAAAAAGCAAGAUUUAAUAGUUAAAUGAAUCCAAUCUAAUGCAUCGUUUGCAUUUAAUAUUAAUGUAAAGAGAAAAAUCAUCCGAGCCAAUCAAAUAAUUGAUUGAAGAGAUGGUUGAUGUAGUUUGUGAAGAUAAACUUGUUGAUGAAUUAGAGAGAUGCUAAAAAUUGAUUCAAAAAAUCCAUCAGAUGCCAGAAGAAAGACAAAUUGACAUUUAUAAUUAAGAAGAAUAAAAAUUAUAAAGUUUGCAUUUCUAAAUAGAUUGGCCAGAUUAAAUAAGUUAAGUGAUUAUGGAAUUAGAAAAUGAUUUGACAUAAGUACAAUUAAAAAAUACUUCAAAUAUUGAAAGAUUGUAAACACACGUCUCGGAAAUAAAUAAAUCAUUAAGAUAUCAAUACAGUAUUUAGAAAACAGGAGACUUUACCCUGAAAAUUUAUAGAAAUCAUGUUUAACAUCAUCAAGAAGAAUUAGAUUAACUUUAUAAUUUGAUUUAAAUGUAUGAAGACUACUAAGUUGCCGAAAGUAUAGGGAAGGUUAGCUAUAAUUAAAAAGAUAAUAUGAUUACUGUUAGUUUAGAUAGGUAUCUAAGUCCGAAUCCUAUAGAGUUAAGUUUAUAAUAAUUUGAAUCUCUUUAAAGAUUGAGAGAAGUUCGCAUAAAUUUAACAGAAUAGGGUCAGGAAUUACAAUAGAAUGAAUAAAAUUAAGAUCUUUAGAUGUGCCACUAUUGUAGACAAAUGAUUGAAAAAAGUAACUAAAAACAAUGCACUUAUAAUCAUGUUGAUAUGAAUUUACAUUAAUACAAUGACGAUUUACUGAACCAAUAAAGAUAUUGCAUAUCAAAUCAGAAUAUGUAAAAGUUUUAUCAAGACUUAUAUUCUGCAAAUUAUAUAAUUGAGAGUAUUUAAAUAUAUUGA